UGCAGCACCAGCCCAGCAGUGCCAAAGCUCUGGCUCUCUCUGCACCCAGUUCUUGCCACAAAGGUGACAUCCCGUGCCCGGGGGAGGAGGGUGAGCGUGGCCCUGCCAGCUCGGUUGUCCCUGAGCCUGUGGCGGCGGUGAGACAGGGGUCCCGGCAGCCAGCCUGCCAUGCUGGAGCGCCUUGCCCAAGGAUUGCCGGUGCCAAGCUCUACCCGUGCGCCUCUCUGGAGAGGACUGAGCCUCUACUGCCCAGCAAGUUCGGCAACAAAGAGUGGAGCCCACCUCUCUCCCUGGGGGCUGACGGUCCCGGGAUGCUGAGCAGCAUAACGAUGUAUGGGCGCUACACGCAGGACUUGGGCACCUUUGCCAAGGACGAGGCAGCCCGGCUGCGGCUGCAGGAGGGGGACACGCCCCGGCCCCGCCGCCCCUCCGAGCUGCUGGAGUACAGCCAGGGCCGCUGUGCCCCGUGUCGUGUCUGCGCCUUGCAGUGCCAGCGGUUCCUCAUCUCCAAGGUGGGCGAGGACUGGGUCUUCCUCAUACUGCUGGGACUGGUCAUGGCGCUGGUCAGCUGGGCCAUGGAUUUCGCCAUCGCCACGUGCCUCCAAGCUCAGAAGUGGAUGUACGGGGGCCUGGACACCAACGUGCUGCUGCAGUACAUGGCCUGGGUCACCUACCCCACUGUGCUCAUCACCUUCUCAGCUGGCUUCACCCAGAUUCUCGCCCCCCAGGCCGUGGGCUCAGGGAUCCCCGAGAUGAAGACCAUCCUGCGGGGCGUCGUGCUGAAGGAGUACCUCACCCUCAAGACCUUUGUGGCCAAGGUGAUAGGACUGACGUGUGCCCUGGGCAGUGGCAUGCCCCUGGGCAAGGAGGGUCCCUUUGUCCACAUCGCCAGCAUGUGCGCAGCGCUGCUCAGCCGCUUCCUCUCCCUCUUUGGGGGCUUCUACGAGAAUGAGGCAAGGAACAUUGAAAUGCUGGCAGCUGCCUGCGCUGUCGGUGUUGGCUGCUGCUUCGCCGCCCCCAUCGGAGGCGUCCUCUUCAGCAUCGAGGUCACCUCCACCUUCUUUGCCGUCCGCAACUACUGGCGCGGCUUCUUCGCUGCCACCUUCAGCGCCUUCAUCUUCCGUGUCCUUGCUGUCUGGAACAAGGAUGAAGAGACAAUCACGGCGCUGUUCAAAACCCGCUUCCGCCUCGACUUCCCCUUCGACCUGCAGGAGCUGCCCGCCUUUGCCGUCAUCGGGAUCGCCAGCGGCUUCGGGGGCGCGCUCUUUGUCUACCUCAACCGCAAGAUUGUGCAGUUCAUGCGCCGCCAGAAGACCAUCAACCGCUUCCUCAUGAAGAAGCGCCUGCUCUUCCCUGCCCUGGUGACACUGAUCAUCUCCACGCUGACCUUCCCACCUGGCUUUGGACAGUUCAUGGCUGGCCAGCUCACCCAGAAGGACACCCUGGUGACACUCUUUGACAACCAGACGUGGGCCAAGCAGGGGAUCAGUAAUGAGUUUGAAUACCUGGGCAUCCUGGAGGCCUGGCACCAUCCCCGCUCCAAUGUCUUUGUCACGCUUAUUGUCUUCAUCCUCAUGAAGUUCUGGAUGUCAGCCUUGGCCACUACCAUCCCAGUGCCCUGUGGAGCCUUCAUGCCUGUCUUCGUCAUUGGAGCAGCCUUUGGGCGCCUGGUGGGGGAGAGCAUGGCAGCCUGGUUCCCUGAUGGCAUCCACACGGACAGCAACAUCUACCGCAUCGUGCCGGGGGGCUACGCCGUGGUGGGGGCAGCCGCGCUGUCAGGUGCUGUCACCCACACGGUGUCCACUGCCGUCAUCGUCUUCGAGCUGACGGGGCAGAUCUCGCACAUCCUCCCUGUCAUGAUUGCUGUCAUCCUGGCCAAUGCCGUUGCCCAGAGCCUCCAGCCCUCCCUCUACGACAGCAUCAUCCGCAUCAAGAAGCUUCCCUACCUCCCUGAGCUGGGCUGGGGCCACCACGAGAAAUACAACGUGCGGGUGGAGGACAUCAUGGUGCGGGAUAUCGGAUACGUCACCCUCAACUGCAAGUACCGGGACCUGCAGCAGGUCCUGCACAGCACCAAGAUGAAGAGCCUGCCACUGGUGGAGUCAGCCGAGUCCAUGAUCCUGCUGGGCUCCAUUGAGCGGGCUCAGGUGGGGGCCCUGCUCAGCAGCCAGCUCAGUCCCCAGCGCCGGCUCCUGACGCUGCGGCAGAAGGUGCUGCCCGAGGACGGGCACCGGCUCUCCGAUUCCAGCAUCCGCUUCCAGGUGAGGGGCGCAACCACCUUGGGGGAUGCCUGGUCAGGGUGCCCCCCGCCACCGUCACCCUACCGCCCCAUCCCCGCACAGAUCAGCACAGAGACCUCCUCGGGCACCCCUGCCCGCCCCGCGCUCCGCAAGCCCCUGAAGCCGGCGCUGAAGCGGGUGCACAGCAGCCCACCCGACAGCCCCCCAGCUGGCAGCGCUGACCACGCUGGCAUCGCCCUCAAGAACCUCUUCUGUGCCAACGCUGCCACAGAGCCCACGGAGGAGGAGAUGAUCCUGGGUGACAAGAUGACUCCAGCAGAGAUCCUGGAGUGGGAAGAACAGCAGCUGGACCAGCUGGUGGACUUCAGCAGUGCCAAGAUCGACCCCGCGCCCUUCCAGCUGGUGGAGCACACCUCGCUGCACAAGACCCACACCAUCUUCUCUCUGCUGGGCCUGGACCACGCAUUCGUCACCAGCAUUGGGCGGCUGGUGGGCAUGGUGUCCCUCAAGGAGCUGCGUAAGGCCAUCGAGGGCUCCCUGACGGGCAAGGGGGUGAAGGUGCGCCCGCCGCUCGCCAGCUUCCGCGACAGCACCGCCAGCACCACCGAGGCCGACACCACCGCCCUGCGCCAGCUCUGGGAUCGCCACCAGCACCACCACAUGCCCCGCGAGGCUGGUCCUGGGGGCGACGAUGAAGACACCCCCAAGGGCCAGUGAGACCCUGGAGAUCCACCCCCGCCGUGUCCCCGGGAGCCACAAGGGCCCCUGGCAGGUGCCGGGGGAUGCCCACCCUGAGCCCACUGUCGCCAGGCUCAGCACAGGCAUGGGCACCCUCAGUCCCGUGCCUCUGCCCCCUCCCUGAGCUGGGGACAAGCCAAAUGCCCCUCAGCCAGCCCCUGCUCCCCAGCCACCUGCCAGCUCUUGGGGCUUCCCACUUUGCUACCUCUGUACCCCCCCAGCCCCUGGUGCCCCCCAGAAUGGCCACUGCCCUCACACCCCUCCAUGAGCACCGCAAUGUCCCUUCUCAGAGUGGCACGGGGCAGAGAGGGGCAUCAGGUUGGGGUGUCCACGGGGACAUGGGUGGGCAUUGACCCCUGUGCUCAGCGCCUCGUGGCUGGGAACAGGGGGUCCUGCUGCCUCUCUGCCAUGCACCUUUCUCCAUGUAAAUACAGAGAUUUUUAUAUUAAUUUAAUAAAAGGACUUUAUAAACAGAGCUGAA